UUUUUUUCUUUCUCCUGUGUUCUUCAUAUGCCCAGCUGGAAAAUAUAUCUAGUAGCUCCGUAUUCGCUUGUCAGCCGAAGGCAUCGCCAGGAUGAGGCUACCUUAUCGUCUUAGCUUGGCGGGCGAGCUCGGGCUGAUGAUAACACUUGUCUGUAGUCUCGCUGGGACAAGGACACUAGUGCAUGGCGCCAUCGAUAUCACCUGCGAUGCGGAGAAGGACAACCACAUCGACUGGGAUUGUGUGUUUGGACCGGGUUCGCUGGACGAGGUGAACAAAAAGGGGGGGUACAUGACCAAGUGUUCCGGCAAACGUCACUAUCCGUGCUCCUUGUUUGUAGUAAAAAAGGACGAGGAGCGGUCCGAAACGAAGGUCAACGAAGGCCCCGAAGGCUUCGACUACUACAAGGGCGAGAAGUACAUAAUCAAGUACAGCUUUCGAGCGGAAGAGGGCAUGCGUGUGUCCUCCAAGUACACACACCUGGGACAGCUUAAGGGGACCAUCGGGAAGGGAAAGGUCAAGGGCACGAUGAUCAAGCUGGACCCGAUCUACUGCCUAACCGCGAACAAGGACGGCCUCAUGGUCCGUUUCAGCAACCGAGAGAUGCCCGACAACUUCCACGAGGGCCUGAGCAAGCACCUGAACUGGAAGGAUUCGACCGGACAAUGGGUGCACGUGAAGAUCGUCACCACUUUCGGGGAGUUUAUGGUGGUGAGGCUUUCCGGCGCUGUCGAGGGCAGGGCGGUCUGGCCCAGCAACCUGAAGCCUGUGGCUUGGCACAGGGACGCUGACCGUGUGCGGAUGAAGCUCGGGCUUUACCACAAGAUUGACCAGGUCUACGACGGGAAGGUGGAGUACCGAGACAUCUCUAUCGAAGGACCCAACGGGAUUAUUCGCACCAGCCCUGAACCCGACCACGAGGGGCACCUCUACGUCGGUUGCUUCGCGGACGACGACGAUGACCACGUAUUCUCGGGAAAGAAAUAUGUCGACGCACACAUGACCAAUGAGAUGUGCGCCGAUCUGUGCGACGGCACCAGGUACUUCGGGACGCAAGACGGCACUGAGUGCUGGUGCUCUGCUUCGAAGGAUAGGCCCCGCAAGCACGGCAAGUCGAAGAGCUGCAACAAGGCCUGCCCCGGCACCAGUCGCAUCAAGACGUGCGGAGGGCGUAGCUCGUUGUCCGUCUUCAAGUUCGAGGGCGAGCCGGAGGACGUCCCGAGGGGCUCCAAGUACAUGGGUUGCUUCGCGGACGACAUCUACAACAGAGCGCUGACGCUCAAGGAAACGAAGAGCUCCAAGAUGGACUACGAUAUGUGUGAGAGCUUCUGUGAUGCGGCGAACGCCAGGUACUUCGGGCUUCAAUCUGGCACAAAGUGCUUCUGCGGCAAAAGGGAGGACGACUACGACGAACACGGUCCCGCCUUAUGUUCCACGGAGUGUGCGGGCGACUCCAAGUCUGUGUGCGGCGAUAGCUUGGCGCAAACCGUUUUCCGAAUUAAGUCCGACUGAACGUGCCGUGUUUCGUCCUUAUUUUCAAUUUGAAGCGGCAGCCAGCGUGGAAACCAAACCGAGAGCGCCCUCUUGUUCAUAGUACGAAAACGAAACAGGUCAGUUUGCGUUGCCAACUAUCCGUUGAUUUCCCAUGAGAUUGAGGCCAGCUCUUCAUGCUGCCGGCACACCGUUUCCAGCGGGCGCAGGCUCUGCCUUCCAGGAAGUACGGAGGAGGCAGUGUCAUAAUGGCGUUCUUUUGAAGUGGGUGGUGCUAAAAAGCUCGUUGUGUUGUUUCGUGCCCCAUUUUCCAUUAUUCCACCUGUCUGUCACGUUGUACAGAGCAAAUGGUUUCAUGUUCUUCUCCGGUCUUGAACAAUAGUAGUCGUUCGGUGAGACCUAGCCGCCCCCUUCCUACGGCUACCUAUGGUGGCGACUUUUUGUUGAGGGCUGGCGUCGUGUACGGGAACUCCUCUCUCUGGUACGCACACAGAGUCAACCUUGAUAAGUCUAGUCGAGUCUGUCUGCAUAUUCUACAUCGUCAGUAGAGGGACGACCCCCAGUUCGGAAGAAGGUGUGACUACAGUAUGUUUGAAGCAACAACCGUGAAUGUUGCGAGGCUUAGCCGACCCGGAGCAGCACUGCAUGUUUAGCACCGAUGACCGUGUGUGUGUGUAUAGAUGGAUUUUGGUUCUGCACGAAGUAUACGUGUAGGCCGUGUAACAGUAGGGGUAGUCUCCGAACUGUGUUUGUUCUCUCGCCCCCGUGUUUUGGCCUAGGACAUAUAAAUAGUCGGUUACGGAGCUUGCCCCCGGCGACUAAAGGUCGACAUUCAGAGACAGCGAAACCCCACUGUAGUCGAGUUGCACUUGUUUUUGUGGGGGGAGCCGUGUUCUCGUCGACGCCAAUGAGGUUACUGGUCCCUGUCUCAGACAGCAGCCGGUACUUUUGCAGUAUUCUCCCACUGCCAAGGGUGGCUAUUUCCUUUCGUGAGAUGUAACGAGGAGAGGAAGGUAGAAAAAGAGUGACCAGAGGGUCGAGAGAGGCAGGCGGAGGCUCCCCAUUUCGUCCCUCGGCAAGCGGCCAUGGACUUCGGAAGAGACAAAUCUCCUCGGUGCUUUACUUGCCACUUCUUCUCCCGAUGGCAAGUUAUCCCGAGGAAUCAUAUCUUCCUACACUUUGUAUGUGAACAAAUGGUUGGUUAUAUAUUCCGGCAGGUGUCCUCCACAUGUGUAUAGAUAGAUUUUGGUUCUGCACGAAGUAUACGUGUAGGCCGUGUAACAGUAGGGGUAGUCUCCGAACUGUGUUUGUUCUCUCCCCCCCGCGUUUUGGCCUAGAACAUGGAGUCGGUUAUGGAGCUUGCCCCCGGCGACUAAAAGGUCGACAUUCAGAGACAGCGAAACCCCACUGUAGUCGAGUUGCACUUGUUUUUUGGGGGGAGGGGGGCUUGCUCUCUUCAUCGGAAGCAGCAUCAGAAUCAAUUGAGUGCUACUUAAUGUCGAAAUAUUGUAUGCCGUGCGAGAAGCAAAUACCGUUCGUGCGCUUCCGUGGCGAAAUGGAAUUGUUAAGUAGAUGGUGAUGCAGUCGAUGCUGCAUGCAGUAGAUGCUCU